UAAAAUGGCCUCCCGCGCGUCCCCUUCUUCGUCAUGUGACAUUGGCCUCGCCCACAUUCCCCUUCAUUCAGGGCUUAGAUCCCGCAAGGACGUCAAGUAUGAUGCCCCCAGUAUAAACAGUGGCAGCCAGGACGUGUGCGGGAGACAGGAGAGGAGCGGAGUGCGGGCGGAGCGCAGCCAGUGCACUAAGUGGUCGGGAACGAGUGGGGGGAUCGGGAGCGCCCCCUCCUGCGCACACAGCCCGGGACCCCCAGCACGGACAUGGCGGCGCCGCUCGCACAGUUUGAUGAGGACUGGCAGGACUUCUAUGAGUUCCGUCCUCCGUCCUCCUCUCCCGGGACUAAGAACCGCCUGGAUAAGGUGAACUCCAACUCCCCCGGCCCGUCCCCCGGAGCCGGUCCCCCUGACAGCGGCCUUAACUCCCUGGAGGACCUGACCGAGCUGGACAACAACUUCUCAGUGGACAUCAUGGGCGGCUUCAAGUCCAUGGAGGAUCUGGUCAACGACUUUGACGAGAAGCUGACGGUGUGCUUCCGCAACUACAGCACCGACACCGGCCACAUAGCCCCGGUCCGGCCCAUCACCGAGGAGGGCAUCAUGAAGGACGACGAAAUUUGGAAUGCUUUAACGGACAACUAUGGCAACGUAAUGGCGGUGGAUUGGAAGACGUCUCACACCAGAGCCUUGCACUUGCCUACGCUUAACCUUUUGGAAAAAGCAGUGGACAAUAAUCUGAACCUGGACCUGUCUGAUGAUGAGGAGCUGAGGGAACAGCUAGAUAUGCAUUCAAUAAUCGUAUCUUGUAUAAAUGAUGAACCUCUCUUCACAGCUGAGCAGGUUAUUGAAGAAAUUGAGGAAAUGAUGCAAGAGUCACCAGAUCCAGAAGAGGAUGAUACACCUUCUCAGUCAGAUCGGCUCUCGCUGCUUUCACAAGAGAUCCAGACACUCAAGAAAUCUUCCACCGACAGUAGCUAUGAAGAUAGGGUGAAGCAGAUGUCUGUCGCAGAGUUAAAUGAUCUUCUGGAGGAAAUUGAGAUGCCCAUUAAGGAUUACUCGGAGGAGCUGGUGCAACAGCUGGCUUUACGGGAUGAGCUAGAGUUUGAGAAAGAAGUGAAAAACAGCUUCAUCUCUGUACUCAUUGAAGUGCAGAACAAACAGAAAGAACACAAGGAGAACGUGAAAAAGAAGAGGAAGAUCAAAAGUAGCAGCACACAGAAUGGCAAACAGGAGAAGGGUCAUCUGCCUGGGACGCGUUUCAGCAUGGAAGGCUUGUCAAACGUCAUACAGAAUAGCUUUCGCCAGACUUUUGGGAGUUCGGGUGGAGAGAAACAGUAUUUGACAACUGUUAUUCCUUACGAAAAGAAAAAUGUCCCUCCUUCUGUUGAAGACCUCCAAAUACUAACUAAGAUUCUCCAUGCAAUGAAAGAUGACAGUGAGAAAGUACCAACGUUGCUAACAGACUACAUUUUAAAAGUUCUGUGUCCUACCUAAUGGUUCCUGGCUCCCAAGGAGGUCUUCACUUGUGUAUAAGAUGCAUUUUCCCUGGAUCCCUUAGAAGUUCUACUCCAUCAGCAGACCUUGUAGCUGAAUCUGCAGUCAUCAGCAUCCCAUUUCUAUACGUCAUUUGGUAUUUGGAGCAUGUUGAUAUAAGUAACCAGCUGUUCAUGUUGUCUGUGAUAGCCAAGUAUUGAGAUCCCAAUAGUAAUGGUGCAGAAUACAAGGAAUCUGUCGCUCCCCAGACAGGGCAUGCUUUUCCUCAAAUAGUCCAGUAUGUGACUUGAGAUUAGAACAAAUGUACAGUUUUAGCCUGUUUUUAUGUUUUGAAUUCUAUUUUUACAGUAAAUACAUGCAAAAACAAAAAAGUAACUUUUAAUGGUUUUAAGGUUGAAAGAUGGACGUUUCUUAUUGUCAUUGUUUUAUUGAAUCGAUUGUGAUAGUCCACUAGCUCGAUUACAGCAAUACGGUGUAUUUAAUCUUGUUGUACAAAAGGGAUCAAAUGCUACUUGCACUGAUACAUGCACACAAAUAUAUUUUCUCAGAAAAUACAGUACAGUUUCUACACUACAGUCUCAAUACUAUUUCUGUAUAUAUUUAUAACUGUAGGUAGGUUUUUGUUUUGUCUUUUUCUUCCAGUAGAAUGGCCUUUAAAGGGGUACGCCACCCCUAGACAUCUUAUCCC